AUGGAUCCUGUUUCAAGUAUUCUUGCUCUUUCUUUAUAUAUUGGAGGAUUAACUGGGUAUAUUCGUAAACGAAGCAUUCCAAGUCUUGUCGCUGGAACUGCUAUAGGAACAAUGUAUGGCUGUAGCAGCAUUUUACUUCAUUAUCGUCUAUCACCUGGUUAUCAAUUAGCACUUUUUACAUCUUCUUUAUUAACUACAACUUCUAUUAUUCGUCUUUAUAAAUCUGGCAUUAAGCCUCUACCAACUAUAUUAGGACUUGUAGGUAUUUUAACAACAGGAUACUAUUCAAAAAAACUAUUUUCUUAA